GGCAUUUCUCAAAGCAAACAAAGCAAGCUAACUUAUGAGAGUGUAUGACUCCAGACAUAGUCAUAGCCUCCUCCAUAAAAAAAAAUGGAGGGAGGGACUAGUGGGCCAACACACUAUUCUUUUUCUUACUGUUCCUGCUUGGGCUGGCUACUGGGAGGCAUUGUCGACGAUCUUGCUGGCCACAGCCUUGGUCACAUCCUUGCCGAUGUCGCGGGCCACACCGCUGAUGUCCGAGAUGACAGCUCCGCUACUGGAAACAGCCUCCUUCAUGGCACGGUCAAUGCGAGACUCCUGAGACUUGAGGAAGGGCGCCAGGAAGUGCAUGUAGAGGAACGACGCACCAAGAGUGGAGGGCAUGAACAGCCACAGCAGGAAGCCGAGCUUGAAGGCGUAGUAGAAGGGGAUCCAGUACAGCAGGAAGUCGGCAAAGAUCUCGACGAGGUUGAAGCAGGCGUACACGACCCAGUACGUGAGCCACUGCACGUCGUCCUUCUUGUCGUCCGUCUCGAUGGCCUUGAACGAGCAGUAGGCAGGGUACACGAAGCCCACGAGGUUGCAGAUGAGUCCAGCGCCGAAGCCCACGAGCAACAGCAGCAGAACCAGAGCCGCGCCGCCCGCCACCAGGUACAGCUUCUCCACGCCCGUGGCGUCCUGCGCCUGCUGCAGCACCGGGAACUUCUCCAGGUCCUUGGCCCACUUGUCCAUGUACACUUGCACCUUCUCCAUUCCUUCUUCUUCUCCGGGUUCUUCACUUGGGUUCGGGAGUAUGCGUGAGCCUUUUUCGAGAGUGACUACUGGCUGGACCAGGAUCGGUUGUCUCGGUUUGGAACCCCAAACCGUUGAGAACACGGGUGAUUUUCGGACCACCCACGAUGACAAAACACCCCGUUUUGAUGCUCUAUUAUUGGUAUAUUUGAGAAUUAAACACAUCUGGAUUAUAAAAGCAAUGGGAUUGAUGCCUGG